AGCCUUUUUUUGUUUAUAUAAUUUGACAAAUGUCAACAGAACGAUGCUUGGUGUUGCAACAUGCAUGAAAAAUUGGCAUGGUGUUGCCACAACAUGCCUAACAUAAGCACUUGAUCCUUUGCAUGCACGCCACGCAUUACGUGUUUUUUUGGGAGAUCAUGGACGGGGAUGCAAUGGCAACCGAGGCUCCUUAUGCACCAGUCACUUAUGAGAGAAGAGUCCCCACUGACUUGGAUGACAAAAUUCCCAAGCCUUAUAUGCCAAGAGCACUGGAAGCUCCAGAUCCGAGCCAUCCAAAUGGAACACAAGGGCACAAUAAUCACAACCUGAGUGUGCUUCAGCAGCAUGUAGCCUUUUUUGACCAAGAUGACAAUGGGAUCAUUUACCCUUGGGAGACUUAUACAGGACUAAGAGCAAUUGGUUUCAACAUGAUAGUUUCUGUGAUAUUGGCCUUUGUCAUCAACUUGGCACUGAGUUAUCCUACUCUCCCCGGGUGGAUCCCAUCUCCUUUCUUACCCAUUUACAUACACAACAUACACAAAGCAAAGCAUGGCAGUGACUCAGGAACAUAUGACACGGAAGGAAGGUACAUGCCUGCAAACCUGGAAUUCAUAUUUAGCAAAUAUUCUCAUACAGUGCCUGGUAAGUUAACAAUAGGAGAGCUUUGGGACAUGACUGAGGGAAACCGUGUAGCAAUGGACUUCUUUGGCUGGAUUGCAAGUAAAGGGGAAUGGCUUGUUUUAUACAUUUUGGCGAGGGACGAGGAAGGUUUCCUAUCAAAAGAAGCUGUGAGACGCUGUUACGAUGGUAGUUUGUUUGAGUACUGUGCAAAACUGAAUGCAGGCGCUGCAGCUAAGAUGAUUUAAUAAGGUUAUGUUGGUGAAUAUGGACUAGCUUGUUGUGGUUGUUUUAGAAUAAAAAGACUGCGUUGUUCUAGUGUACACACAUAAUGGUUAACGUUUGUUGCACAUUUGGUAUAAGCCCCUGCAUGUGGUUUGGUCUGGAAUAUCUUUCAUUGAAAGGCCGCUGUUAUAUUGUGUUUCUGUCAAGUUAAUGUGGAUGCUUCUAACAGAGAAUGCAGUUGUUUCAAAUA